GACUUUCAAAACUCAACUUGAUGUUAUUUAAGAAGAAUUAAGUGGAUGGGACUGGCAAGCUUUGUUGGGCUGAAUGGCCUGUUCUCGUCUGGAUUGUUUUAAUGUUCUAAUGUUUACAUUUGUUUCUAUUUAUGAGUUUAUUCAUUAAUUUAUUUUUUCUUUGUCCAGGUGCACGUCAGACCAUAAAAUCCCUAGAGUCCAGAAUGAAUCAAAGUAAUUUGAUGGUGCAAGAAUUCAUCAUGAUUGGUUUUCCAGGAAUUCAGGACAGAUCCAGCAAAAAUAUUCUUUUUGGUGUCCUGCUUCUGGUGUACAUUUGUAUUGUUCUUGGUAAUCUUCUCAUAAUGCUUGCCUUUCUGACUGACCAGACCAUGCACACCCCCAUGUACAUGCUGAUAUGUACCCUUGCUUUGUUAGAUCUGAUGAGCUCCACCACGACAGUUCCUAAACUGCUGGCUGUUCUGAGCUCAGACUGCGGUGUGAUUUCCAUCACCGCCUGUUUCACUCAGAUGUUUCUUAAUGGAGUUCUGAAGGCAGCUGAGGCCUUUCUUCUUGGACUAAUGGCUUAUGACCGAUACCUAGCCAUCUGUAAGCCACUACACUAUUUCAUGAUUACAAACAACAGCCUGGUUUUCAAAGUAAUUAUUGGCUGUUGGGCCAUUGUCUUCAUCAUUAUUGUCAUUCCAAUGACACUAACUGUCAGGCUACCAUUUUGUGGGCCCAACAAGCUAGCCCAUGUCUUUUGCGAGCAUUCCACAGUGAUAAAGCUAGCUUGUGGUUAUGACAUCAUUGGCAUCUAUGUUGGCAUUAGCGUAGGUCUCUGUAUCGUAUUAGGCCCCUUAUCUUAUAUCGUUUAUUCUUACGUAAGGAUUCUAAAGUCAGUUUUCAAAAUUGAGAGCUCCCAUGGUCGACUAAAAGCCCUCUCCACCUGCAGCUCUCACCUGCUGGUCAUUUGUCUUUUCUAUUUGGUUGGUGCAGGUGUCACCAUUACCAGUUCAGUUCCUGGAAGCUCUGCAGAUAUGCGGAUCACAGCGGCACUCCUCCAGAAUGUGAUACCACCUUUAAUUAACCCGAUCAUCUACUGUUUGAAGAACAAGGAGAUGCAUGCUCAUUUUGUAAAGAUGAUUAAAAUGAAAACACAGGCAAUGAACUGA